AUGGCCACAAGCUCAUCUUCUAACACCAGAACAGUAGAAUUAAAUAAUGGCAUAAAAAUUCCACAAUUAGCUCUUGGUACAUAUUUGACGAGUGAUAAUGAAAUAGCACAUGUUGUUAAAACGGCUCUCGAAGCCGGUUAUCGACACUUGGAUUGUGCAUGGCUCUAUGGAAAUGAAAAAGGUGUUGGACAAGGUAUCAGAGAAGCGAUUAAAGAAUCGAAUGGAAAAUUAAAACGAGAAGAUAUAUACAUAACAGCAAAAAUUUGGAAUACAUUUCAUCGUGCUAAUUUUGUGGCUAAAGCAUUUGAUAUAUCAUCAAAAGAUCUUGGUUUAGAAUAUAUUGAUUUAUUUCUCAUACAUUGGCCAGUAGCAUUUGAUGAUCAAGGUGAUCCAACAAAGACCGAAAAUGUUAAAAUAGCUGAUGAUAUUGAUUAUUUGGAAACAUGGCAAGCAAUGGAAAAAUUAGUUGAUGAGGGAAAAGUGAAAAGUAUAGGAUUGUCAAAUUUUACAGAAGAACAAAUUGAACGCGUCUGGCAUAUAGCCAAACAUAAGCCGGUCGUCAAUCAAGUUGAACUACAUCCAUAUUGUCAAAAUAAAGCUCUUCAAACAUUUUGUGAUAAAUAUAAAAUUAAAUUACAGGCAUAUGCACCAUUAGGAGCUAAAGAACGUUCGUGGGCAGAAAAUGAUGAUCCAAUGCUUAUGAAUGAUCCAAUUAUUGAAGCAAUAGCUAAAAAGCAUCAAAAACAUACAGCAUUGAUACUACUAGCUUAUAUUAUGCAACGUGGAAUUAUUUGUGUAGCAAAAAGUUCAAAUGAAAAACGUUUAAAAACAAAUUUGGAAGCACUUGAAUUAAAAUUAGAUGAAGAUGAUAUGAAGCAAAUUGAAGAAAAUAUUAAAAUAAAAUUUCGUUAUUAUUUGUUUGAAGAUGCAAAAAAAUCUAAAUAUUAUCCACUUAAGGACUGGAAACAAGAGAAGAAUAAAAAUGGUGGUCAAACGGGUGUUGAUCGUUCUGCUCUUGAUCUGGCUAUUCAAUAUUCAAUAGACCAUGGUGGAUGGUGUCCUCGUGGUCGAAAAGCUGAAGAUGGUGUUAUUAAUGAGAAAUAUCAGUUGAAAGAAACGCCAAGUGAUGUGUAUAGUGAACGGACUGAAUGGAAUGUUAGAGAUUCAGAUGGUACAUUAGUUUUGAUAUGUGGUGAUCAAAAUAAUAUCGAUACUGGAACACAAUAUACAAUUGAUAUAACAAAGAAAUAUGAUAAACCAUUGUUAAUUGUUGAUUUAGAACAUCAGGACGUAUUAAUCGAAACAGUUGUUGACUGGUUAAAACAAAAUCAUAUUAAAAUAUUGAAUAUAGCUGGACCGAGAGAACAAAAUUCACCUAGAAUUUAUCAAAAAGCUCAUAUUUAUCUUCGACAGUUAUUUAAAUCUUUUGUAGAUGAAUGA